CCUCUCAUCUCACUCUCAUUCUGGUUUCCACCCACCCUCGCUCUGUUUUGCCUCUCUCUUCCGCAGUUCAACACUUCUUUCCAGGCUUGCCUCUCGCAAGGCUACGCGCACUGACGGCAGGAUGUCCAUUGUGAGCAUCAUUGCCAGGGAAAUCCUGGACUCUCGGGGAAACCCCACAGUGGAGGUGGACCUGAGAACCGAUAAAGGUCUGUUCAGGGCUGCGGUGCCCAGCGGAGCAUCGACAGGCAUCUAUGAGGCUCUGGAACUCAGAGAUGGAGACAAGAGCCGUUACAAGGGCAAAGGUGUUCUGAAGGCUGUUGGUCACAUUAAUGACACUCUUGGACCAGCCAUCAUUGGAUCUGAGAUCAGUGUGGUGGAACAGGAGAAACUAGACAACAUGAUGAUUGAAAUGGAUGGCACAGAGAACAAAUCCCAGUUUGGUGCGAACGCAAUCCUGGGAGUGUCUCUGGCCAUCUGCAAGGCCGGUGCGGCAGAGAAAGGCGUCCCUCUGUAUCGUCAUAUUGCUGAUCUGGCAGGAAACACAGAGCUGGUGCUGCCAGUUCCUGCGUUUAAUGUAAUCAACGGAGGCUCCCAUGCCGGAAACAAGCUCGCCAUGCAGGAAUUCAUGGUACUUCCUGUGGGGGCGGAGUCAUUCCGUGACGCGCUGCGUGUCGGAGCCGAGCUCUACCAGACGUUGAAGGGUGUCAUCAAGGAGAAAUACGGCCAAGACGCCACCAACGUCGGUGACGAGGGAGGUUUUGCCCCGAACAUCCUGGAGAACAGUGAAGCUCUUGAGUUGAUAAAGACUGCCAUAGACAAGGCCGGGUUCACAGAUAAAGUCGUGAUCGGGAUGGACGUAGCCGCCUCCGAGUUCUACCGCGACGGGAAGUACGACCUUGACUUCAAGUCCCCUCCAAACCCAGACAGACACAUCACCGGCGAUGAGCUGUUAGAGAUUUACCAGACGUUUGUCAACGAUUAUCCAGUGGUGUCCAUUGAAGACCCGUUUGAUCAGGAUGACUGGGCCGCUUGGACAAACAUGACUGGUUCAGUGGGGAUCCAGAUUGUGGGCGACGACCUGACCGUGACAAACCCAAAGAGGAUAGAGAAGGCAGCGGAAGACCGCGCAUGCAACUGUCUGCUCUUGAAGGUUAACCAGAUCGGCACCGUCACAGAGGCCAUCCAGGCAUGUAAGCUCGCUCAGGCCAACGGAUGGGGCGUGAUGGUCAGCCAUCGCUCAGGAGAGACAGAAGACACUUUUAUCGCUGAUCUAGUGGUGGGACUCUGCACUGGACAGAUAAAGACAGGAGCUCCGUGUAGAUCCGAGCGUCUCGCCAAAUACAACCAACUUAUGAGGAUUGAAGAAGAAUUGGGUGAUCAGGCUCGUUUCGCCGGGCACAAUUUCAGAAACCCCAGCGCUCUGUGAGGCUGACGUCACCGCACCGAAUUCACAUGAAAAAACAACAACUGACAAACAGAGUAUGUACUGCACUGAACGACUGACUACCCCUGACAUUCCCUAAAAUCAUUCAAAUGGCAUCAAAACAGCACUAUUUGCACUGAGAUACUAAAAACGACUUACUCAGACACUCAAAAUAUGUAUUUAAAACUGAACUGGACUGCGGACAGGCUUCGAUAGACCAAAUAUUAUGCACAGUGGAUCCUGGACAGACCAACAUUAUGCACAAGUGAUACUUGACGGGCAAAACAUGUGCACAGAGUGGACAUGCAUGCGUAAGAUACAGAAAAUGAACCUUGAAUCUAUCAAGGCAAAGACUUUGUUGUCUAAAAAGGAUUUAACUCAGAUGGAAUAAAAGUAGAGAUUUAUUUGAAUCAGGUGUAAUCUUUAAAUUUAGGCAUCGAUUUAGAUGUGAAAUAUAUGUAAAUAACAAAAUCUAGAUUGACUUGCCACUCUAAAGAAAUCAAUGUAAGAAAUUUUAUGGUUCAUUGCAUGAGGACAUGGUAGAAACGUUACGGUAGAAUAAAAAAAUAGUUACAUGAAUAUUAAUGCAGCAGUGAGUUUUUUAAUGGGAAGAUUGACUCCAAUGAGUGAAGUAUUCAGAUAUAUAUAUAUAUGGGACCAGCGUUUAGUUUGCCCAGGGCAUUAGAGGCUUUUUAUUAUACAAUACUCUCUUUCUCAGAUGCAGUGUCCAUCUCUGACCCAAAAGCAUGCUGAAGAAAAAGAGCCUUUUAAAACAAACUGUUAUUCAAUCAAAAGAAAAGACCAAAUCAGCAAAUUAAAAUAAAAUAUGGUGCUUGAACAUUGACUUAAUUCAUUUUAGUAUAUUCAAAAUUCUAAUGUGUGUAGACUCUAUUUCUUUUCAUAAAGAUGCUUCGCUAUUUAAACCAACAUUGAAAGUUCAUACGUUUCUGUAUAUCAUUGUCAUUGAGUUGGGAGGUCUCAAAUAUGUCCUUGUGUGAUUAUGUUAUCACCUUCACUCUAUAGAUCAACACACACAUACACACACACACGAGAUAAUUAAAUGUAAAAGUAUUGAACAGUUCACGUCACUUCUAAUAACAAUAAUUAUAUUCAAAAGUCCCCAAAUCUUCAUACGUCUGCCUGAUUUUCUCAUGCAAUGACUCUUAAAAUGUACUUUCGCAUUUUCUUUCACCCUGGAUCUUAAAGGGGAAGUGAAUUUUCUUUAAAAGGAUAGUUUACCCUAAAAUGAAAAUUCUGUCAUCAUUUACUCACCCUUAAGCUUCUUUCUCCCGCUGAACACAAAAGAACAUUUUAAAGAUUGCUAAUAACAAUUGACGGUAGCCAUUGACUCCCAUAUUACCAACACUCUUCAAAAUACCUUCUUCUGUGUUCAGCGGAAGAAAGAAACUUGCACUGAUUUGGAAAAAACUUGAGAGAGUAAAUGAUGACAGAAUUUUAAUUUUUGGGUGAACUAUCCCUUUAAAUGGGUCAAACCCUUCCUCGUCUCCCAUCUUAAUGUGGAUAUUAAGUAAGCCAUUCGUAGGUAGCUUUUCUUAAAGAUUGUAAAUACUGUUGAUCUGUGGCUCAACCAAUGGCGUGUGUUUGGGGCAGAGUUACCUUCCUCCAAAUCAUAAGAGACGGGGCAGAGAGCAGUAGAAAUGACACGCUUCUCCUUCAAAAUGAAUAAUCUUAACCCAGCAGUGAACAAAAGAGACAUAACAAUCAAAAUGACGGAGAACUCGACCGACAGACACGCUUACACCGAUAGAGACACACAUUCACUCACAUUUGUGUAGCAAAGUCUCACCCUCAACACACACACACACACACGACUCCUUAUUCUCUGCCACCUUGGACUUGCAGUCUGUGUUUCUUCCUUUCUCGUUGUUUCAUCUGUAUCCUCCACCCCUUUCCCUUCUUGUGGUUAUGACUUGGCUUGUUCCCCCUUACCUGAAAUCUUUUUUCUCCUUGAUGACUUGUCUUUUCGUUAUUUUGUGGUGAAAGAAGGAAAAGAAAGCAAGAUGGAGAGAGAAUAAAAAAAAAGAACUGACAAGUCUGUCAAAGAAUAAUGUGAUGGAAUAUUAAAGCUGUCGUUACUUUCGUCA